CGGCGCUCGGACCCUGCGGACAUGUGGACAUCUAUACUAACAGCUGGAGAGAAGGGAGGAUUCAUUACGGCUGAAUUUGAACAAAGUUCCUGUCAAACUACAUUUUAUACCUGCUGAGGGGAGCUCUGUGUGAAGAAACCCACCUGUUGUUUUUAAACAAGCAAAAAAGACGACCCGACCUGCUGCGUUUAUGUUGUCUUUUUCGGUUUCUUCCUGAAAAACACCUGCGUGAUUCAGGUGAGUUCCCCGAUGAAGAGGGAAGUCCUCGCGCUCUGAGCCGUGAAAGUUUGUCCUGCAGGCAUGUGUUCCAGUCGAAGUAUAUGUGGGGGCAACAACAGAUCCUCCAGCUCAGAAUCCCAAGGUUCAGGGGCUCACUAUGCUCUCUGUGCCCUCGGAAUUGGACUUGUUGCUCUCGGGAUCGUCAUGAUCGUCUGGACUGUGAUCCCUGAAGGACAGAACACGGAGACAUCGCCGACUUCAUCGGGCAACUUUACUUCAACCACUUCAGCCCCUACUGAUCCUGAACAAGACCGAACCAAGUCCACGUCUGUGGCGCUGGUGCUGGUGGGAGUCGGGGUCGUCAUGUUGCUGUUGUCCAUUUGUCUCGGUUUGAGGAGCAAGAGAGCAUCUUCUAGCAGAAACAACCAGCCAGCGACAGCGGCGGCCCCCUAUCGGGUGGCAGGACAGGAGGAGCCAAGCAUAGACCCAUCUGCGUACAACGUGCCAACGUACGAGGAAGUUGUCGGCAGUGAAAACUACCCUGUCCGCCAGAGCAACCUGAGGCACAGCACCUCACAGCUGCCGUCCUAYGAGGACAUCCUAGCAGCUGUGGAAAAUGAAGGAAGAGACACCCCUAACAACCCCACCGAAGACGCCCCUCUCAACGAUGUAGCUCCGACCUCUGUUCAGCCCCCCACCGAGCCCGGAGCCGAGUCUGCCGGCCUCGCGCCGACCCCCAGCCUGCCCACACGGAGCGCCAGCCGAGCCAGCCGUUUACUGAAACCCCUUCGAGUGAGGAGAAUAAAGUCGGACAAGCUGCACCUAAAAGACUUCCGCCUCCAGAUCCGCAGCCCCACACAGAACCCAGUGACCAUUGAACCCAUCACUCCACCCCCACAGUAUGAAAAUAAGAUGCCAGAGCUGCAGUAAGAGCCCUGAUGAAAUUAUGAAAGUAUCAAUCUCUUCUUCUUUUUUUUAAACAGGUAAGCUUGUAAUUGGCAUAUUUAUUCAGUUAUAGUAUGGUUUUACUUUGUGUGUAAAGUUUGCCAAAAAUAAAACAAGGUUUCAAUUUUAUUUAAAAGUCAAGUUAGAUUUUCUUUAACAUGAAAAUAUAAACCCUGUUUAGGAGAGAUUUUUGAAAGAGUUUUAUUAGAUUUGAACUAUACUGUGAUGAAAAUGCAGUUAGGCCUUUAUUUUGAAGGUUAAACCUGUUUGAUUUAGUAUUUUGUUAUUUGAAAAUCUUGUCUUAAAAAAACUAAAAAAAAAAUCUGAUUUCAAUCAGGAGCAGAGGUGGAAAAACUAUUUUAAAACUGAACUGUUGGUGAGGUUUUGUGAAAUGAGUGUUUAUUGUGUCAUGGAAAUUUUGCUUGUUUGUUAUUGUGUAAUUGUUGAAAUUUCUUUUAAAUUGUGUUGCAGUUUUAGCUAAAUAGAGGUGAACAUGUUUCAUUUAUGUUCUGAUCAGUUGUGUUUUGAAACUUAAGUUAAAUGUGUUUUAUUCAGUGUUCCUGUUUUACAAUUUAGAUCUAAGCGCAGUUAUUAUAAUAUUUGGCAGAAACAGAAAAUUGGUGUUGCAACCUUUUGAAGUUUAAUUUUUUUUCUUAAUUUGCAUGCCAUGGAUUUAUUAGCUGUAUUUAUUUGGAAUUUUAAAAAAUGUUUUAUUCUUUAACUUUUGGUAAAUAAAAUCUGAAUGUUGAAGUAUUUGAAA